CGAAAAGAGUGACAUUGACAAUUUUGUAUCAUUUACUGCAAUAUCGGUCUCCGCGGGUCGCUUAGCGGAAGGAAUGCGUGAGCAUCCGCUGUUCAGGGACCCUCUCAUCGCUGAAAUGCUGGGAAGCUCGGAAGGAGGAGGAAAAUCCAGGCACACAUGUCGUCAACAUGGUGGUGCAGCGCACAAACUACCUGGAUGACAAGCUGAUGGGGGCUCUGGCUGCAAUGCCAGUCAAUGUUGCUACUCCAGUGAAGCGACAGGUUGUGCUGCUUGGUUCUGGGCUCGACACAAAGGCGUGGCGGCUGGAUUUCCCGAGCGGCACAGCCAUAUUCGAGGUGGACCAGAGGGACAUGUCAGGCUUCAAGCAUCGGCGGCUGGAAGCCAUCAAGGCUCAGACGGAUGCAGCGUCAGAUCCUGCCAAAUUUAAACACCCCCUGAAAGCUGCCAGCUGGACGUCGGUGGGCACCGACCUGAUGCACCCCGAGUGGGUGGCUGACCUGGAGGACCAGGGAUUUCAAAAGGGGCUGCCAACAGCGUAUGUUGCAGAAGGACUGCUGUACUAUCUGAGCCCAAAUGCAGUUAAGAGUCUGCUGGCCACCUUGGCCGAGAUCUCAGGGCCAGGCAGCGCGCUGCUGUUCAGCUGCAUCAACGAGGGGUUUUACAGCGGUGCCAAAUCAGACCUGUCCAAGGCUGGCACAGAUGGCAUGUGGGCAACCACCCUGAAGUUCACCGAAGCGUUCCAGUUCGGCAUUACAGACGACGUGGCCGGUUUUCUGAGGCCCCUGGGCUGGGACGCCUCUGCAGACGGGGCUGUAAAGGAUGUCAGAAAUGUGUACCAGGCCUACGGUGUCCAGGAGUUUCUGCCACCCAAGGGCUUGGGCUUCGACAAGAACAGGGAAGAGAAUGAGAAAAUGUUUGGGCCAAAGGUCUACUAUCUGGUCAACGCGCGCCUCUCGCCUUGAGAUUGGCCUCUGGGCUAUUGAAAUUGCUUCUUUUAGCACGAAAGACCGAGUCUGUGAUAUUCUUCACCAGAGCAGAUGUCCUUUGCAAAGGAGUUAUUUGCCAGUGAGAGAAAAGUAUGAUCAUUGUGUAUGUUCUGAGCUCUUCACGUGAGGCGCUGUCAUGACAUAAUAUCUAUAGUUGGCAGCUGAUAUGAUCAUAGUGAGUGAGUGUGAUUCCUAAUGCAAUUGCGAGGAGCCCCCCGGCCCGGGUGCGUUGUGUGAAGAAGAAUGGGAUUAUCUAUGUGACUAGAGCGCUACUGCGCAAUUUGCUGCUUUUCUGUGGCAGAGUUGACUGCAUGGUGGUUUGCGCCAUCGUGGAAUGUGGUGUAUAUUAAUGCUCGCAUGCUAGCAGUGUUGGGAAGAUUUUUGGAUGCAGCGCAAGCGCUGAUAGGGCAUGCGCAUUUGCGAAUUUUUUGCUGUAGAUUAUUUGGGUACUGGCAUUUUGUAUUUGAGUUCUUUUUAAAGUUAUGACCUUGCUGGCGGUGCAUGCGCAUCCAAGUGGGGUGAGACAUC